UGGGCGCUCUGACCUAUAUCAUCGCACAGCCAUAGCCAUGGGUCAUGUACGAAACAGGCUUCCUCAGCUAUUGCUUGGUUUAUUAUCUCUGAGCCAAUGCAGUGAAGACCAAGACCUAAAUCUAGAUUACAGAUUCGAGUACAGCGAACCAGACAGCACGUCUACCUGGGUUUGUAGCUCUAUGGUCUAUCAAAGUCAGGAACCCCCAUCCAAGUAUUGACCCGUAAUUUGACACGAAAGUAACGUCAUAAGGUCAGUGUUAACAUGAACUGUCUCGAUUGAUGCAUAUGAGUACUGAGCACACACAGAGCUAGUUCCAUAAUUUCAUACAGAACACAACACAGAUAGCUAUUGUCUGUUCUGCCAAGGAGCUCUGUCGAGAAAAUUACGACACUGAAGGCAACUAUAGUCAUGUCGCUCGAGCGGAAGCACUGGAUCGGUAUCACUCUCGUUAGUCUGCUGGUGAUAGCUCUACUAAUCGUGGCCAUCGCCGUCCCCCUCAACAACCAACGUGAAUGGGCCGACAGUACGCUGACGAGCCGAGGACUGGCGAUGAAAUACCUGAGUGAAACACCGCUGGUAGACGGACAUAACGACCUGCCGUGGCAGCUAAAGAGUCUGUACAACAACCGUCUUCAGACCAUCGAUUUGUCCACUGAUCUCAGCCACACUACGCUACACACUGACAUCCCUCGCCUCAGAGCCGGUAAAGUUGGAGGUCAGUUUUGGGCAGCCUACACAUCAUGUGCUUCACAGUACAAAGACGCCAUCUUACAUAUCUUGGAACAGAUCGACGUCAUUAAGCGCAUGAGCGAUAUGUACCCUGACCACUUCCAGUUUGUCACAACAGCCGACGGUAUCGUUGAAGCUCACAGCAAUGGCAAAGUUGCAUCCCUUAUUGGCGUAGAAGGUGGACACAACAUUGACAGUAAUCUGGGUGUACUGCGCAUGCUGUACGAGCUCGGCACGCGGUACAUGACAGUCACGCACAGCUGCAACACACCAUGGGCCGACAACUGGAGGGAGGACUUUGAUCGUACACCCGAACACCUCGAUGGACUGUCCGAAUUUGGUCAGAAAGUGAUUAAGGAGAUGAACCGGCUCGGGAUGCUGAUUGACUUGUCCCAUGUCUCCGUAGCAACCAUGAAUGAUGUCUUAGACAUCACCCAGGCUCCUGUUAUAUUCAGCCACUCCUCCGCCUUCUCUGUCUGCGGGUCCUACCGAAAUGUGCCCGACGACGUCCUCAAGCGAGUUGUGCAAAACAAAGGAGUGGUGAUGGUGAAUUUUUACACAGUUUACAUCAACUGUCCUCCAAGGAAUAUUAGUGCUGACCCAAGCGAAGCUACUAUGGAUCAAGUUAUAGAACACAUCGAGUACAUUCGAGGCAUUGAAAAUGGGGCAGGAAUUGACAUUGUGGGCCUUGGCUCUGACUAUGACGGAGUGGGAACAUUACCAACUGGACUGGAGGACGUGUCCAAGUUCCCGGAUUUGAUUACUGCCCUCAUAGACAGGGGCUGGACCGAGGAGGAAAUCAAGAAGCUUCUUGGGGAGAAUCUCCUUCGAGUUUUCCGGGAAACUGAAAGAGUGAGGGAUGACCUGAAGACUGAACUACCCGAUGAUGAAACAAUUCCCCGGGAUAAUGUCUGGGAGACUAACAACACUUGUAGAACCUAUGUCUGGCAGGGAUAACUCACCAGGACCCGAGACACGCAGGAUAUUGAAGGCGAGGGAUAAUCAAACAGCUUUUACCUUUGGAUUCAACAUUCCAGUGAGAUAACAUGGAAGACAAAACUUGCUGAACUUACUUCUAAGUGGAGGAAAUCAUGUUCAAUGUCUGUUGAAUAUGACAGGUUUGCCUGGUUACCUUCAAUGAAGUUUUUUAAGUACUGAAAACAUAUAUCGAAAGUAACGUGUGUUACCUUUUGACUUAUAACCUUACGCUUGCAAGUUGCAACUUUUUAGCUUAGUCUUUUCACAAUAAUUUAAGUUGUAGAAAUAAUUUUGUUGUAGUCACUUGUUUCUGUAACCUCCUAUUUUGCUGAACUUUAUUUGUUGAUUCCAUAUAUUAUUUGAAUACAAUAGAAACCUUUGUUAGAAUGACUGUCAUAAUUAUAAAAUAAUAACUAUAAAUGUCAAAUGAAACAUCUCAGAAAAUUGAAGUCCAAAGAAUGCGUUCUGGACACUCAUUUUGAAUGAUUACAUGACCCGAAUUAGUUGUCAAGUGGUUUUAUCCCGUGGCCAGCGAGAUAUUCAAAUAUGCUGAAUUAACGUGGGACGAACUAGACUGGUCCCCGUCCCUAUUAUAUAGGGACUGGUAGCUAGCUGCGAUUUAACGUGCGCGAUUAGCCUUCUCAGUUUGGAUGCCGAAUAUUGAAGUUUUUGUCAGGCCAAUAGCAAUGCUCGAACAUGAAUUACUUUUCAGCGGGGAGGCGAAAACACAAGUACUAAUUACUAAGCCUCUCUUGAUCUUAUUGUGUUAAUUUAUUGUUCAUUGAUUAUCAUCGAUAAAUCAUUUUACGGCAAUUUAUUUCAAAUCAGUGGCUACUUUGUUAGAUGUAAGAUAUAGUAAAUUUAUGGUGAAGAUAUUUUCGGUAUAACUAGGAAGAAAAAGCAAAAUAUUGUUUCAGCUCAUCGUAAUUUGUGCAUGCAUUGUUUCCUCAUUUAUAUUUCAUUACCCACGUCUGUAAGACUAUUGGAACGGUGGCCGCACGAGGUCGCUGCUCGCCUUGAUCCCCUCAUUGCACACAGUCUCUGCGACACGUAUUUGCAUGUGCACGUUCUGAACAGGUGUUUACGUACGUACAUGUACGUAGAUGUCCGUGUUCAUGCACGUACUAGGCCGCUACGGAUAGCUAGCUAACAGUAGAUAACGCGACUGUGCUGUCGGUUAUCAUACGGAAGCGGACGACCGAUGACGUACGCUUUGACAAAGGCGAGGAAAGCACGAAGGACCUUGCUGGAAUUGGUCGGCACCAUCUAAUCUCUGUCAAACUCCUUUCAAUAUGUCAUUUUUUUUCUCCCGUUUCACUUAAGACAAAGAGGCUGUGGUAAUUAGCAUUUGUAAUAGCUGUGCAGUUGUUACAUGCUAAGUUCUGUGUUACUCGUGAAAUGAACUGAACUCCCCCCCCUUACAAAGAAAGCCUUAUUCAUGGGAAAGAUUUCUUGAUCAUGUUCCUGACUUUAUCACAUCCAAUGUAAUCUGUUAAAUGGGAUGGUGCGAGACUACUUUGGGUACUAAGCCACACUUUCAGGUUUUUUUUAUGUGACUUUAACAUUCAGAUACAAUUAUCACAAAUUCUUAAUAAUGUAGAAUGUAAACUGCCAUUAAUUAGUCAAAAGCGUUUAUUUUGUUGCCGUCAUUUUUACUCUCAGAUUCCAAUUUGAACGUUAUCCUCGUUUUAAAGGAUCCAGGAAAUGAAUUUUUCUUAGAAUCACUUUUUGUGUAUCUCUGUACUCUUCUUCCAUGUGUGAAGACUAUUUGACAUCUUUUUCGGGUUACGUGAACUGAACGGUGCACUUUUUCAAACAUUAAAAGUUGACCAAGCAUUUCUGGACAAGUGAGGGCGUUUUGCUUUGAUAUAAAUACAGGAAGACAUGGUUCAGGUUGCAUGUUUUCAUGUUCAAAUUGUGAACCCCAAAUUUGCUUUCUGGGAACAUUUUUGU